AUGUCUAAAAGACCUCAUAAUAAUGAUGAUGAUGAUGACGAUGAUGAUUAUAUGUCCGACAAAAUUUUAGCUGCCGCUGCUCAAGCAUCUGCUCCUCAAUUGUUAAAUCCUCGUCGUCGUUUACCACCUCCACCUCCAUCAAUUCCUACAGAAAAAUCUCGUCAUUUAAUUGAAAAAGAACAACGUGAACAAGGUUUAUCAACAGCAAUAACAAGUGAUAAUAAAGGUUUUCAAUUAUUAAAAAAAAUGGGUUAUAAAGAAGGUUCAAAAUUAGGUCCAAAUCAAUCAAAAGGUUUAAUUGAACCAAUUUCAAUUAAAAUUCAUCCAUCUCGAUCAGGUCUUGGCGAAGAAAAUGAAAAGAAAGAAAAAAUUCGUAUAAAAGAAGAAAUUAAAAAUAAAUUUAAUCGACAAAUUCAAUCAACUUAUCAGGAUCAUUUAAAACAAAAAUAUUAUUUAAAACGUCUUCAUAUUGAUAUUGCUAAAUGUCAAUCAAUAUGUGAAAGAUUUGAUAGAGAAAAAUUAAAUCUCGAAGAAAAUAUUCUAUGGAAAAAAAAUAAACAAGAUGAAGAAGAUGACGAUGAAGAAGAACAAUCUGGUAAUGAUGAUCAAUCUAAUAUGGAAAAUCAAUUAAAAACAUUAACUAAUUAUUUAAGAGAUACACAUUUAUAUUGUAUUUGGUGUGGACAAACAUUUGAAACAUUAGAUGAAUUACAAAAUAUUUGUCCAGGAAAUGAAAGAGAUCUACAUUAA